CCCCAUUAGCGGCUUUGACUGGGAGCAGCUACACGCAGCAAAACAAUAAAUGGUCAAUGCUACGAGUCGGCGAAGGUGUCAACGUAGAAGCAUAUGUACUUUAUGACUCAACAGUAAAUUCACAGGGUCUCUCCCAAAGAAAUGAUAAUCAAGAGAAAAAUGACCCUGCAAUGAAAAACUUUACGAUGCUUUUCCAAUUGGUUCAGCAGCAUUUUCACAACAAAGGUGUAAUGGUAACGUUUGAAGUGAAAAGCGCAGGACAGAACGACACCCUUGCUGUUAAAAUGGGUGGUGGAGCACUAAAUGCGACUGAGACGCUUAAGAACCUAAUAAAAUACGCUACAGAACAAUCGCCAAGAAAUAACUCUAUUUUCUAUUAUUUUAGUGAGAAGGAACUGCUCGAAAAAACCAAAGAAGGCGAUAAGAUCGACGUUGAUCAUGAUGAUGUGGGAACCUUCGGAACAUUUUGCUCUAAAGAUUCCAGCGCUGCUGUUGUAAAAUAUUACCCCCAGGGAGAGACUCGCCACAUUAGUACUGUAGAAGCGACGGCAAGAAUGUAAGUGGAGGCGCUUUGCUUUUCCGUCGCACUUACUGUUAACGUUGUAAGAGAUGUUCGAAAG